AUGCGUUCCAAGUUCAAGGACGAGCACCCGUUCGAGAAGCGCAAGGCCGAGGCGGAGCGCAUUCGCCAGAAGUACAACGACCGCAUUCCCGUUAUCUGCGAGAAGGUGGAGAAGUCGGACAUUGCGACCAUCGACAAGAAGAAGUACCUAGUACCUGCCGACCUGACCGUCGGCCAGUUCGUCUACGUGAUCCGCAAGCGGAUUAAGCUGUCGCCUGAGAAGGCCAUCUUCAUCUUCGUCGACGAGGUCCUGCCGCCUACUGCUGCUCUCAUGAGCUCGAUAUAUGAGGAGCACAAGGAUGAGGAUGGCUUCCUGUACAUCACGUACUCGGGAGAGAACACGUUCGGCGAGGCCAUCUAG